AUGGCGAAUGUUCAAAGACCAAGCGGUCGACUACCGUACACUGGAUCAACUUACACCCUCGACCAUGUCCAGCUGGGCCCUCUGAAAGGUCGCCUGAUACAGUCGCAGCACUACCCGAAAGGUACAAUCGCACAAUUUCGAUCCAUACCCUAUGCUACUGUCCCACGACGCUUCUCACCUUGCUUGCCACUUGAUGCCAUACCAGCAGAUUUUGACGACAGACCUCACAGAGACUUCACAACGUUUGGGGCAGCAUGCCCUCAGGUUGAUGGGAAGAGCGAUACAUGGUUCGGCUCGUAUGGAGGUAGGCUCGAGGAUGACAUUGGAAUCGCCUUGGACGAGUUCACUUGUCUCAACCUCACGAUCUCGGUGCCUGAGCACGCUUUGGCUGCGAAAGAUCCAGCCAAGCUGCUUCCGGUGAUGGUAUACGUUCAUGGUGGUGGUCUCCAGGAAGGUGUCGGCCAUGUUGACGGACUCCAUGCCAACGGUCCACUGGCCGCGUACUCUGCCCACAUCUCACAGCCGGUCGUUACUGUCAACAUUGGCUACCGACUCAACUGGCUUGGCAGUCUUGUGUGUCAAGAUGUGUUUGAUGAAUACAAAGCUGAUCCGUCGACCUCGCCAUAUGGCCCGUUCAAUCUGACAAUUCAAGACCAGCGUGCGGCAUUCAGCUGGAUCAAGAAGUUCAUUGGCGGCUUCGAUGGCGAUUCCAACAACAUCACGGCGUUUGCUGAGUCGGCAGGGAGCAUCUCACUGGUCUAUCAUGCUGCUGGUUCCGAGGAACGACUGUUCGAUCGAGCUAUUCUUCAAUCUGGUCCUGUUUUCGGGAACGCCUCGUUCGAACAGAAAGAUCUCGAGUAUAAGGCCCUGUUGAAGCACUUUGGCAUCGAGGCGCCAACGGCGAGCGAGAGGUUGGAGAAAUUGAGACAGGUGCCUCUGGCGGAUCUUGUGAAAUAUGGUGGUCAGCACAUCUUCCCCUUUCUGGAUGAUGAGGGAGAGCAAACAGUAUUCCCACGUGGCAAGCCAACCUUCAUCGGACAGAAUAACCUUCUGGCGUCAUGCUCCUGGCUUGGUGAUGUGAUUGUUGGUGACGACUUCUUCGAAGGAGACACAUUCAGAGGCCUCGUCCGCAAUGCCUCCCCAGUUCGAUUCGUGGAAGCAGUUGUGUCAGCCUUCCCAGGUCAAAGUGCAGCUACGCUUCUCCAAGAAUACGACAUGCCUCUCACGGCAGAACUUGCAGCGCAGUGCGACAGCAACCUCUUCUGGCAGAACUUGAUGACCCUUGCUGGCGAUAUGUGGCUGUCCGAACCCAUUCAUCGGCAGGCUCAGCAACUCGCUGGCCAUAAGCUUGACGGCAACAGCAAGCGCAAAAUCUAUCGUUACUCAUUUGGGCCAUCAAAUCCUUUCCCUGGCUCCACGCAAAGUCAUGUUACCGGCCACCACUUCAUCGAGAUUCUGUUCGUGUUUCUGACGCUUCUUGACCGGUAUCCGAAGCAUCGUGACAGGUGGCUACAAAGACAGGCAGAAGAGACAGCCAAGAGAUGGAUCCUGUUUGCCAAUGGGAAAGAGCCGUGGGAAGAGUAUAAGAUCGACGAACAGCACGAUGCCCGAGAUGCCAUGAUCGCAAUCUGUGAUGAUAUUCGUGGCUGGCAUUCGAAGACGGUGGCUGAGGACAAGAAAGAGAGCCAAUCCGAUCCCUGGGGUCCACGACGCUAUGCAGGCUGGAAAGCGAUCAGUGACGCAUAUGAGUCUAUGAGGACACCAGAUAUGGAUGAGGAUGCCUGGCAGCAGGCUGUCCACGAGGCUCGCAUGAAGAUUUUGGCAGGUGCUGUGGGCUCUUAG